AUGACCUCCGCGCCCGGGGGCUCCCGCGCCUGCCUGCGCUACAAGCUGACGGGCGCGGCGGGGGGCGUCGUGGGGGAGAGGGGGCACGAAUACGUUCGUCACCUGUCGGGGGAGAUUGGGGAGGAGGUGGGCGCGCGCCGCGCGGCGGGCGAGGCCGUGGACGACCUGCUGGCCCUAGUGGACCUCAUCGUGCCCUACGACAUGUCCCACAACGCCGAGCCGGACGCCAUUGACCUGCUGCUGGAGGUGGACCGCGUGGCGGACCUGCCGCGCCACGUGGACGCGGGCAACGCGGAGCGCGCGGCGCGCUACCUCCAGGCCUGCGCAGCCUACCUGCCCGAGCCGGAGGACGAGGCGGCGCUACGCGCUGUGCACGCCGUGCACAUGCGCGUGGGGCGGCACGCGGGCGCGCUGCGCGUGGGCCUGGCCCUGGGCGACGCGGAGCUGGUGGGCGCGGCCUGGCGCGCCGCCGCCGAUGGCGGCGAGCGCUGCCAGCUGGCCUACAUCAUGGGGCGCGCCGGGUUCGUCCCGGACCUGGAGGAGGGGUCGCUGGCGGUGGCGGACGAGGCCCUGCGCGAGCGCUACUUCUCCUGCUACAGCAACUCGAGGCUGCCCGAGCUGUAUGCCGCGUUGGGGCGGGACCUGGAUGUCAUGGAGCCCAAGCUGCCCGAGGACGUGUACAAGAUGCACCUGGUGGAGGGGCGCGUGCCCACAGGCCCUGCGGUGGACUCGGCACGUGCCAACCUGUCGGCCACCUUUGUGAACGGGCUGGUGAACGCCGGCUUUGGCAAAGACAAGCUGGUCACACCCGGGGUGGAGGACGACGCGGUGCACUGGGUAUUCAAGAACAAGGACCACGGCAAGCUGAGCGCGGCGGCCUCGCUGGGCCUGGUCAUGCUGUGGGACCUGGAGGGCGGCCUCCCCGCCAUCGACCGCUUCCUGUAUUCCAACGACCCGCACGUCGUGGCGGGCGCGCUGCUGGGCAUCGGCGUGCUCUCCUGCGGCGUGGCCGACGAGGUUGACCCGGCCCUGGCAAUCCUGUCGGAGUACGUCGGCGGCGCCGAGGCCUGGCCACGCAUCGGCGCCGCGCUGGGCCUUGGCGUCGCCUACGCGGGACGCGGCCGCGCCGACGUCGCCGACCUGCUGGCCCCCAUGGUGGCCGACCCCGACACGCCCAUGGAGGCCACGGUGGCCGCGGCCCUGGGUCUCGGCCUGGCCUUUGCCGGCCGCGCGCACGGCGGCGCGGUGGAGGCCGCGCUGCAGGCGCUGAUGCUGCGCGGCGAGGCAGAGCUGGCGCACCCCUUCGGCACCAUGCUGGCCCUGGCCCUGGGCCUGCUCUUCCUGCGCACGGGCGAGGCGGUGGAGGCCACGCUGGAGGUGGUGCGCACGCUGCCCCCCGCGCUGGCCGAGCCCACGCUGGCCACGCUGCGCGCCUGCGCCUAUGCCGGCACGGGCGAUAGCACAAUCGCCGUGCUGGGCGUGGCGAUGGUGGCCUCGGGCGAGGAGCUGGGCACGGCCAUGGCCUACCGCGCGCUGGAGCACCUCCUGCAGUACGGCGAGCCCAGCGUCAGGCGAGGCGUGCCGCUGGCCCUGGCCCUGCUCAACGUGUCCAACCCCGAGGUGGGUGUGAUGGACACGCUGUCUCGGCUGAGCCACGACGCGGAUGCCGACGUGGCCGGCUCGGCGGUGCUUGCCCUGGGCUUCGUGGGCGCCGGCACCAACAACGCGCGCCUGGCCGGCAUCCUGCGCGCGCUCUCCUCCUACUACCACAAGGAGCCCACGCUGCUGUACACCGUGCGCCUGGCCCAGGGCCUGACCCACAUGGGCAAGGGCCUGCUCACCCUGGACCCCUACCACGCCGACCGCGCCCUGCUCUCGGCCCCCGCGCUGGCGGGCAUCCUGACGGUGCUGUUUGCGGGGCUGGACAUGAAGGCGUGCCUGGGCGGGCGCCAGCACUACCUCCUCUACGCCCUGGUCCCGGCCCUGCACCCGCGCAUGCUCAUGACACUGGACGAGGAGGGCAAGCAGCUCUCCGUCCCCGUGCGCGUCGGUGCGGCGGUGGACGUGGUGGCCGCCGCGGGGCGGCCCAAGACCGUCACCGGCUUCCAGACCCACACCACGCCCGUUCUGCUCUCCGCGGGCGAGCGCGCGGAGCUGGGCACCACCAAGUACCUGCCCCUGACCAGCGUGCUGGAGGGGGUGGUGGUGCUCAGGCCCAACCCGGACUGGGUGGAGGAGGCGGAGUGA